AUGAUUAGUGCCGAAGUAGGUACAGUGGGAAGAACAUCUCUCCACGUCACCUGCGAAGCCGGUCACUCCGCGACUGCUGCCGUCCUAAUCGUAAAAGGAGCCUCAAAAGAAGCCAGAGACAAUUCCGGGCGUACACCACUCCACCUCGCAGCAGUUCAUCGCCAUACGGAACUAGUACAAGUUCUUCUUGAUGCUGAAUGUCAAGUCGAUGCCGUUGAUAACAAUGGUGUUACUGCUUUGCAAAUGGCUUGCGCCCAGGGCUGUCGAGGCAUUGUGGAGCAUCUUCUUGCAUUUGGCGCCAACGUUCAUCUACAAAACAAUGUUGGGUCUUCAGCACUACAUGCAGCUUGCGCAGCAGAUGCUAACGACAUCGUAGAACUCCUCCUAGCACACGGCGCCGAUCCUGCCAUGACAGAUCAGUGGGCCCAGUCUCCGGUGAGCGUGGCUGGUGGUGGCGCUACAGAGUCUCCACCCGAGGGAUUUAGGCGAGCUGCAAGAGGUUCCUUCUCCGCCAUCUUGGAUUUGAUAACAGCUACUACAAACUUGGAUAUCCAUCAGGAACAACAUUGGCACUCAUCACAAAAUUUUCGUCUGCACACUUUCAGGCCCAUUCACUAUCCGGCUCGACUACGCCGCGCACUGACGAUAAGUCCGGCGGACACUCGCCUGCAGCUAAUGAAGGGGUUGAACACGAUAGCACACGGUGAUGGUCAGCGAGCACACUCCUCGAUCGGCUGGCACAGAGAGGCUUCGCAGCGGAUACAAGACUUGCUUUACCACCCACGGGCUGCGCCCGUUACCGCGAGCUGUGCUACCGCGCAGCACAGGCGCACGCACCCGAGGAUGCCGCGCCGCGCCCCUGCGACUGCGCCAACUGCGCCGCACGCCGCGUCUCUGCGCCUGCGCACGCCGCUGCCCCGCCCUGAGACGCGCCCGCCGUGCGACUUACCACCGCAUUAG